CCUGCUGGCGCUGCGAGGCUUCUGCGCGCUGCACGCGGGCGAGGCGGGGCGCGCGCUCGAGGACUUCCAGGAGGUGCUGGCGCGCGGGCAGCCGGGCCCUGAGGGCUGCGUGCGCGCGCUGUGCGGCCGCGGGCUCGUGCGCGUGCUGACGGGCCGCGAGUUCCUGGGCGCGCUAGACUAUGUCACCGCGUGCCGCCUGCGGCCGGAGGAGGCGCUGCUGGCCGCCAAGGCCCUGGUGCCCUGGAACCAGCGGGGGCUGCUGCGGACCGUGCUGCGGGAGGAGGGGCGCAAAAUGCUGCUGCUCGCGCGAGGCCUGGGCUGCCGGAGCCGGGCUGCGGACACGCACGGGCCCGGGGAGCAGGAAGGGGAUGCCUGUGGUGUGCACCAGCUGGCCACGCUGCUGGUGGAGCUGGAUCCAGAGGACGAGGCCUCUCGCCUCCUGGCGGCCGAUGCCCUGUACCGCCUGGGCCGCCCGGAUGAUGCCCACAAGUCCCUGCUGGUGGCCCUGUCCCGGAGGCCUCAGGCAGCGGCGGUGCUGGUGCGGCUGGCCCUGCUGCAGCUGCACAGGGGCUUCUCCUAUGAUGCCAACCAGCUGGUGAAGAAGGUGGUCCAGACCGGGGACACAGCCUGCCUCCAGCCCACCCUGGACAUCUUUAGCCAUGAGGACCGGCAGUUGCUACAGGGCCACUGCCACUCGAGAGCCCUGAGCAUCCUGCGAACACAGCCGUGUGGGGCGGACAGUGGGGCCCACACCCGGGAAGCCAUUGCCUACCUCUCUCUGGCCAUCUUCGCUGCAGGGAGUAAAGCCAGCGAGUCCCUCCUGGUCCGAGCCCGCUGUUACGGGCUCCUGGGCCAGAAGAAGACUGCCAUGUUUGACUUCAACUCCGUGCUGCGGGCCGAGCCAGGGAAUGUGCUAGCCCUCUGCGGACGUGCCCUGUUGUACCUGGCCCUGGACCAGUUGCAGGAAGCUGUGGACGAUGUUGCCUCUGCCCUGAGGCUCGACCCGGGGACCGUGGUCCCUGAGCUCCACUCUCUGAAGCCGGAAGCCCAGUUGCUGCUCACUCAGGGCCUCCAUGCCCACUGCCGGGCCCUCCUGAGCCAGCUGCUGAACAGCAGGCCACCCCUCAUGGACGAGGCUGCCCAUGGCCUCCUUGCCAUGGGGGAGGCGCUGAUUAGAGUCAAUGCUUCACAGCCAGGCUGGCACAUCCUCCUCGUGGACAUCCUCACAGCACUGGGCAGGUAUGAGGAGGCUCGUGCCCACCUGCAACCAGCCCUACAGUCCUCCUCACCACCAGCAGCAGCCCGGGCCCGGAGGGGCCUGCUCCAGCUCAAGAAAGGAAACGUGGCCACUGCUGCCCAGGACCUGCAGUGCCUGGCGGAGACAGAUGCCCAGGACCUCAGCUUCCUGUUGCGCCUCCUACAGCCCUCGGAGCAGCAGAGCCUCACCCAGGCUGCGGCCCAGGAAGCCAGCACCCUCCUAGGCGCAGGGCAGCCCGGGCAGGCGUUGGGCUACUGCUCUCUGGCUGUCCUGGCUGGGGGCAGCCUUACCUGUCACCUGCGUCUGCGGGCCAUCUGCUUGGGCGAGCUGCAGCAGUUUGGCCGGGCCCUCGGAGACCUGGACCACGUGCUGCAGGAGGGUGCCGGGGACAGUGACCUGCAGGUGCGGACAGAGGACUUCUGUUCCAGGGGCCGCCUGCUGCUGGGCCUGAGGGACAAGGAGGGGGCCGCGGGGGCCUUCACCCGGGCCCUCGAGCUAUCACCUGCUCUGGCCCAGCGCAGCCUGUGGGAGCGGCCAGGCCAGGCCCCUGUUGCCCAUGUGUUCCUGCAUUUUGGGCAGCACUGCCUGGAGGAACAGCGCUACGAAGAGGCCUGGACAGCGGCCCAGAGCGGCCUCCUGGUGGACCCCAACCAUGGUGGCCUGAAGAAACUGAAGGCAAGAACCCGAAAAGAGGCAUCCUCUGGCUGCCGGCUGCACUGACAAGGCCAGGCCUGACCACAGGGCCUCUGUCUUCCUCACGCUGGGGUGCGCUGGCUCCCAGAUCACUGAGGUCCCCUCUCCGCCUGCCCCCUCCAUUCCUAACACAGGUGGCUUUGGACAGCCCGCUUCCGCCCCUGUUCCUUGGGAACUUCGGGGAGGAGGGAGAGCUUCCUGGUGGUGAGGGCCCUGCCCCCCGGCACUCAGCUCCCACCACGGGGCAGCCUCGCCCCCACAGCUGGGUCCUCUUGGCCCAGGCCUGGGAGGUGACUCGGGUCUGGACCCAGCCUGGGGGUCCUGCAGGUUGGGUGACAUCAAGGGCAGUCCCUUGUGCCCCUGGGGAAGAUGUGCCAGCCCGAUUGGGCCCUCUGGGCACAAAGCUGCCUUUGACUCUGCCUUGACCUGAGGCCUCGUGGGGCCCUCACGGUGGCCUCCCCAUGCAUGCUGCCCAUCCUGGAGCUGACCCUGACCCUGAGGAGCUCGUUCACAGGGAAUCCAUCCCCAGCCACCCUUCCUCCCUCAUAGGCCCCAGGUUCUGCUUGCCCUGUGUUCUGCCCUCCAGGCCACAGUGUGUUCUCCCCAUGGAUUAAAUGUCCCUGGCUGUC